AUGGCGGCGACAACAGGAUUGUGCAGACACACCGUGAUUCGGUUUACCUGGGGAGACGAGAAGGAAGUAUCCCUGACGAGAUUGGACUUCAGCCAGCAGAUCAUCCAGAAGCUGCUAGAAGUAAAACCGGAGGAGCUGAACUGCUUGAUCAAGGGGUGGCUAGAGAACCAGGAAGGGAAAGCACCGGGGAGAGCCUUGGAGGCAUGGAAGGACGGUUCUCAGAGUAAAUGGUAUUUGGAAGAAGGAGGAUCUAAGAGUGGCGGUGUGGAAUACGAAUGGGAACUUUGUAAUCUUUGGAUUGCUUUGGAUAUCGGGAUUUCAUCGGAGCACAGGUUCUUACCUGGGAGACACAGCAGCAGCAGCACUGUAGUGAACACAAUAAAAACUGCAGCCAUCUUCUCAGGCCUGUGCUGGAGAGAGAGGAGCAGCACUGCAGCACUGCCCUGGAGUUCACUGCAAAGAGACAGCGGGCGUGACAUCACAGGAAGUGACAUCACAGCAGCCGUGCCCUGGAGUUCACUGCAAAGAGACAGCGGGCGUGACAUCACAGGAAGUGACAUCACAGGAAGUGACAUCACAGCAGCCCUGCCCUGGGGUGCACUGCAAAGAGACAGCGGGCGUGACAUCACAGGAAGUGACAUCACAGCAGCCCUGCCCUGGAGUUCACUGCAAAGAGACAGCGGGCGUGACAUCACAGGAAGUGACAUCACAGCAGCCCUGCCCUUGAGUUCACUACAAAGAGACAGCGGGAGUGACAUCACAGGAAGUGACAUCACAGCAGCCCUGCCCUGGGCUUCACUGCAAAGAGACAGCAUGACAUCACAGGAUGUGACAUCAUAACAGAAAUUAUCAGCAAUAUCAAUCAGUCAGUAUUUAUUUGAUAUAGCGCGCUUCACAGAAAAGUGUCUCAAGGCCAAAACAUUGGCUUUUUAUCUCUUCCAAUGAAUGAAAUCAACUAUUUUUAACUCAAAUGUGUUGUUGUUGUUUUCUUGAAAUUUUGGACUUAGCAAGUGUAACAAAACAUUACAUUUAUUACACAGUCAAUAUUCAUACAGGCUAUAACAGACCAUAAUACUAUUCAAUAGUGAUACAGUAUAUUAUAUUGUUGUACCCCUGACUACAAUUAUUUUUGCAUUGAAUCACUACCAUAGUAAAAUAAAAACGUGAUUAUGUUAUACAUUUUUAAACUGUACAAUGGUAUAAACUCCCCAUCUUCAUGGAGUGCCACAAUCCUGUAGGCUUGCAUGUAUCUCUAGGAGUUUUACUUGGCAACACUGCCAUCUAGAGGGUGUCUGUUGAAACUGUAGCUUCUAGAUAGUUCAUUGUUUUUAAACGAUUUUUAUUUUUUCCUUCAUGUUUGUUUGACCAAUAAAUCUACUGCUGGGUAAAGAAUUGAUUCAUGUAUUAAUAAAUCUACUGCUGGGUAAAGAAUUGAUUCAUGUAUUAAUAA